UUAUUUAAUUAYUCAUUUUAACUUUAAAGCACGUCUACAUAGAGUUGAAUAACAAGAGAAAUCAGUUUCUUCAACUUUUAAGAUUAACCACAGCGAACCGGUUUGUCAGUGGAUCCCCUCCAGCUUACUGUGUACCUAGUGAAUUACGUGUUCACUGCUGUCCACUGGUACUUACUAGUUACUACCACAUUACUAUAUAACUAGUGAAGUAUAUAGUAACUACUAUUUACUAUUAUUUAUAYUAUUUACUACUAUAGUAGAUAUUAUAAUAAUUAGUUUCCAUUCGCUCCGAAAAGAUGAGUGGCCGCGCAUUACAUUUCGUGUUCAAAAUAGCCGAGAGAACGAAAACCAUUAAGUUUUUUAGAGAACUUUUGGGAAUGAAAAUAUUGAGGCACGAAGAAUUCACUCAAGGCUGUGAGGCAGCGUGYAAUGGACCAUAUGACAACCGAUGGAGUAAAACUAUGAUCGGAUAUGGACCAGAAGACACUCAUUUUGUAAUUGAACUUACCUACAACUAUGGUGUUGAUGAUUACAAACUUGGAAAUGAUUUCCUUGGAAUAACAUUAAAAUCUUCAAAAGURUUAGAAAAUGCUAAAUCGCUUGGUUGGCCUGUUGAAGUUGAGGACAACACGUCUUACGUUGUGGCACCUGGAGGAUAUAAAUUUUAUGUGAUUGAUGAACCUCAACCUGUUGAUAAAGAUCCUGUUAUAAAUGUUAUGCUAUCAUCUACAAAUUUGACAAGAUCUAUGAAAUUUUGGAACGGCAUACUUGGCUUAAAAAUUUUCAAUCAAAAUGAAUCUGUAAUAGAAUUAGGAUUUGCCGAUGAUCAAGCUAAGCUGAAAUUAAGAGAUAUUG